UUGUAAGAGUGAGCCUCGGGAUCGUAUAUUGUUUUGCAGGGCUUCCUCCAUAAGAAGGGGAUACGUGCGAAGUGUAGACCUCUUGUAACCUGUUGCCAUGCUGUGGGGUGAGCCAUUGCCUGCCACACGUGUGUCUUCACCUUUAACCCUAGCAUGCACUGCCCCUGCCCUGUGUUUCAGUCCUUCAGUAGACUGCAGUGACCUGACAUCCUUCAUUUAGAAGCGGAAUGGAAACACUACUGAAACAGAAAAACCGGGAAAACGGAUCAGUUUUAAACGGACCACAAAGCCAUACGGUCAAGUGCAGGAGGCCUAAGAAUUGCAGUGAACAGUCAUAGGCUUAACUUUCUUCGAUUCUAAGGAAGAGUUCACCCCCCUCAAAAAUCCUAAAAAUGGCUGAACGUGGGGCUCACAUCACUACAGCUUCCCCAGAUGAUAACCGACCUUCUAUCUUUGAAGUUGUGGCUCAGGAGAGCUUGAUGGCAGCAGUGAGACCUGCACUGCAUCAUGUUGUCAAGGUCCUUGCAGAAUCAAACCCUGCACGCUUAGGCCCUUUGUGGAGAUGGUUUGAUGAACUUUACACCCUGCUUGAUCUGCUUCUCCAGCAGCACUACCUGUCGUGGGCCAGUUCCUCCUUUUCAGAGCACUUCUAUGGACUAAAGAGAGUAUCCAUGGCAAACAGCAAUGGGCAGCGCACACUGCAACGGAAGGAGUACUGGGGAUCCCUCUUGCUGCUGGUGCUUGUACCUUAUCUACGGGUGAAGCUGGAGAAAUUCGUUAACAGGCUGCGAGAGGAAGAAGAUUAUUCAAUCCAAAACCCAACGUCCUUCAGUAAGAGAUGUUAUAGGGCAAUUCUUGCAUCCUACCCCUUUGUGAAACUGUCCUGGGAAGGAUGUUUUCUUCUAUAUCAGCUGAGAUAUAUUCUGUGGAACACAAGCCAUCACUCACCGCUGCUCCGCUUGGCUGGAGUGCAGCUCGCUAGACUUACGCUGGAGGAUUUACAAGCCAUGGAUGCUACUGCAGAAAAGAUCGCCUCAACACAGUCUGCUCUUGGUGUGGGCAGCGUACUGAAGAAAGUUCUCGGCGGAGUGUCUAUGACAUUAUCUUCCAGCCUAUCUCUGGGCGUGUUCUUCCUGCAGUUUCUAGAGUGGUGGUACUCAGCCGAAAACCAGGAGACUGUUAAGUCUCUGAGUUCAUUGCCAGCCCCCACUGCUCCCAUUCAUUUUGACCUGGAAACAUAUUCCCCUCUGUUACCAAAACUAAAGACUGUUUGCCCACUUUGUCGUAAAGUAAGAGUUAACGAUACAGCUCUUGGCACCUCAGGUUAUGUCUUCUGCUACCGCUGUGCUUAUUACUAUGUGAAAAAUCACCAGCGCUGUCCAGUAAGUGGCUACCCAACUGAGGUGCAGCAUCUAAUACGGCUCUACACCCCCGAUGGCUAGACCAAGAUUGGAGAAAUACUGUAGACUUUGGGAGCCAACUAGACCACUCCAGAAGCCGAUCCAACUUUCAGUAGCCUGGCAAUAGAGAACAACCAACAAAGUUGGCCACCAUUAGCAAGUGUUUAGGCCCAUAGGCUCCUGGGAUUUGUCCAGCACUAUGUUAGACGUAGGCAGAACCACAUCAAGAGCUGCAGUGAUGGGAACUACAGUAUCAUUAAGGCACUAAAAUGUAGUUAAGACUGCUGUGAUUUCUGUGAAAAAUCAUAAUAAGCUAUUCAACAUCUCAUAAUAGAGUAUAGAUGCCGAGUUCUGGUUGAAGCUUUAUAACAGAGGGACUGACAAUGAUUUCUCGACAUGGAUUUACCUCCUACCAACAUGUAGAAUGUGAAAUAGAUGAAUGACAAUGUGCAAAUCAGUGAUAGAAAGUUUUCCCAGUUGUCCUUUUAAUUUCAGAUCACUAAUGGAAAAUAUCAGUAUUUACAAUGAUUUACUGUGAUUUAUAGGGGCAAUACGCCAACAUAAACUGUGAAGAACAUUCUAGUAGACUGUGCUAAUAUCAGUGGAUUUGUUCAAAUGUGGUUAAACAUAAAAGCUGCUCUGGAAAAGCAACAUUUGCAUCCAGCAGUUUGACAAGACAUGAGCAUCAUGCAUGUCGUGCGUCAGGGUUGAGCACCAAGCUCUUGCUGGUGACAGCAGAAAAUGGCCAUACACCAUCAGCAGAUGUUGGCCAACAGCUAUUUUUUUCUAACACCCAUGCUUGUCUCGGCUAAAUAUGCAUGUCUUCAAUGGGGAGAGGGGAAUAAGCUGCUGCCAGAUAUGUCUAGAAACAACUGGUGAAACAAAGGAUUGAGAUUGCUGAAACCCAACAUGUCCAGCCCUUAUUUCGCCCCCUUCUGCUUCAGGGAAGAGUCCAAACACCUCCAUACAUAUUACAUAGUUGGCCAAUCCCACCAAGAUUGUCAGGUUCAGACAACUUUCGUUUAAUGGUUAUGGGAAGUAGAGAUGAGCGAAUUUCAUAUUUUGAAAUUCUUUCACGCUUCGUUUGGUAAAAGGUGAAUUGCGUUAUG